UAUUCUGGUCGUCCACUUUUGGUCUGAUACUGUAAAUAAACUAUCGCGAGCUGGUCGGCUUAGUUUUGUUUGAAUUCCAAAAACUAAUCAACCAUUAACGAUGAAUUAAAGUAUAUGGUAUAUGAGAAGUAGACAGUGUAAAAAAUGUUAGUGUAAAAAAUCCCAACUCAUACAAAAAAUUGCAAGAUACAAUUGACCUUUGAAACGUUACAAUCUUAAAAAAACACCUCUUAUCAAAUCAAACAAUAUAAAACCUGCAUAAGUGGUAGAUAGACUGCAUAUAAUCUAUGUACAACAGUCUUACAAAAACAUCUAUCCACAAUGGUUGAAAACAAAACUCCGGAACACUUGGUAAUCGAGCAAUUUGGAGCAGUUCGGCGAAUUACAAUCACAAAUCCUCGAAAGAAGAAUGCUAUUAACCUACAAGCGUAUCGCGAUCUAGCAAACCAGAUAAGUGCUGCCGAUCAGGAUGAUAGUGUAACGGUGCUGGUGCUCACCGGAGCCGGUGAUUUCUAUAGUUCCGGUAACGACAUAAGUGCGCUGCUUACGAGCGAACGUUCGGUUGAAGAGCGUCUCGAGUCAUCGCAUGCAUCCUUAGCCCGAAUGGUAAAAGCUUUUUACUCGUUCAGCAAAAUGCUUAUCGGAGUUAUAAAUGGACCAGCAAUCGGAAUUGCCGCUACCACUGCUAUAUUAUGCGAUGUUCUAUACAUGGAAGAGAAUGCCUAUUUCUACACUCCUUUCACAGCGCUGGGUCUUUGCGCCGAAGGCUGUUCUUCGUAUACAUUCCCCAAGCUGAUGGGAACUAGUAAAGCUUCAGAAAUGUUACUACUAAACCAUCGAAUGAGUGCUCAAGAAGCACUGCAAUUCAACGUGGUCGCUGAUCUUUUCAAGCGGAAGGAUUAUGAGCGAAAAAUAUGGCCUCGAAUUCAGCAGUAUGGCCUACUUCCCGUUGGUUCAAUUAAAGCUACAAAACAAUUGAUGAAGAAAUUCGAUCUUGACAAGCUUGAACAAGCAAGCAAAGCAGAAUUGGAGGCGCUGGCCAAACGAUGGCAAACUGAAGAGGCCAUGCAAGCAGUAAUGAAUUUUAUGACUCGUAAAAGCAAAAUUUAAUACGAGAUUAAAUGAAACGCUCAGGGUUCUUAACUCUGAACAGGGUUAUUCACCGAACGAAAUAUCGAUUUAUCGGUUUACAACUUUAUGAAAUUAUCAAUUGGUGUACAAAUUAAUAAAAAUCACCUACUACAGAAUUCAA